AUGAUUGGAGUGAUGCUACUGUUGUCAGUGCUGGAGUUCAUUGUAUCCAUCUGUGUAUCUGCAUUUGCCUGCAAAGCCACCUGCUCCACUACGACUAAUGCUCAGGUGAUGUACCAGGUGACACCCUCUGCUCCCCCCUUCCACACUGGGAUGCCAUCCUUCCAAAGCAGUGUGAUGCCUCCUGCUUAUAACAGCAGUGAAGUGCCUCCUGCUUAUAACAGCAGUGUGAUGCCUCCUGCUUAUAACAGCAGUGUGAUGCCUCCUGCUUAUAACAGCAGUGUGAUGCCUCCUGCUUAUAACAGCAGUGUGGUGCCUCCUGCUUAUAACAGCACUGAACUUUGGCAGACCUAAAAAUCUGCCCCCAGAAUGCACCGCUACUGAAAGAAUGAAAUUUGUGGCAAUAAUUAUAACCAUGCAGAUUGCAUUUGUGUCUUCAUCAUAUUCUUUAAGUGUAAGUCUGCAUGUAAAGCCAUUUCUGUAUAUUUACUAUCGAAUAUUCAAUUUACACAUUAUAGCUAACUAGUGUAUACUCCAAGUGACUGCAUCCCGUGUUCUCUAAGGAUAAGUAAGAAGAAUGAUAUGUAUGGAAGUCUCUGUGAAAUGUCUAUUUCUAUUAAAUAUGCAAUUGUUAAUAAUUUACUUUGAAAAGAUUAUGUGUCUUAGAUUUCUUAGACUUUGCUGAGAUAAAUUAAUGUUAGGCCUAUAGCUAAUUACAGAUUAUCUUGGGUGUUUGAGAGUUGAGAGAGAGACCAAACAAGAUCUCAGUAUGACUUGACCAUCAAAAGUUUGUUCUGUAUGCCUAUAGAUUUGAUAUAAGGUUCAGAAAAAAG